UGUAGGCCUUAUUCAAAAACAUGUUUUUUUGCGCUAUGGAAAAGUUGAACUUUCAAAAUACCCAACUAUUCACAUUCCAAUGUCAAUGUACUACAGGCACUACGUUUUGAACUGAUGUUCUCCAUGUAGAAAACAUUGAACAGGACUUGAAUGACGCAGACGUGCAGAUAGUUGACCCUUCUACUUGCUUUUAGAAAUCCCUAAACAUAAUUGAUUUAUUGAAUUCAAUAGCACCUUAUCCACUUAUUUGUUCUUACGCCAUAAGGUUGUCCUCUGCGCAUGUUGAAACACCAUACCUUAUCACCUAGAUAUGAGAAUACACAGAUGUUCCUUUUGUGUGUGUUCGUGUCCAUCAGUCUAUCGGUCCUAUGCUUACCUCUAUUGUCAUGCAACAGUUCCCCCAUUCCACAGAAAGGGGGGUGUUACUCCUCUCCUCAGGGUCGGGGGAGGAGGUAGCUUGGGACCUGAUAAGAGGUCUGGGAAGGCCAGACAGGUUUGUGCAUCCCACUCAUAGCUGGUUCACUCACUGUGGAGGAGGCUGCUGUUUUUUAACCAUGGCUGGUGUGCAGACGGAGAUUGCCCUGUGCAGUCGGCCUUGGAGAGGACCCUUCCACAUCUAUGGGGGACUGGCAUGCAACUCGCUCAUGGCUGACUUGUGGUCAGACAGGACUCCUCUCCACGAUGCUGCCUACCAGGGUAGACUCCUGAUCCUGAGGACUCUGGUCUCACAGGGGUUUCCUGUGGAUAUGCUGACAAUGGACAGGGUCUCUCCCCUCCACGAGGCCUGUCUCGGAGGACAUUACGUCUGCGCCAAGUUCCUGCUGGAGAACGGGGCCAAUGGGGAUAUGGUAUCGACUGAUGGAGCCACACCCCUCUUCAAUGCCUGCAGCAAUGGGAGUGUUGCCUGUGUCAGACUGAUUCUACAGUACAGCCCCACCACACACCCUGCCCAUCACCUGGCAUCACCCGUCCACCAGGCUGCAAAGAGAGGUCACAGGGAGUGUCUGGAGGUUUUGCUGUCCCAUGGAUUCCACAUAGACCUGGAUCUGCCUGGUGUGGGAACCCCUUUGUAUGCUGCCUGUCUGGCCCAGGCCACCGACUGUGUGGAGAGACUGCUGGAAUCAGGUGUUGAUGUGCAGGGUGGGUGUGGUCAUGACACACCAUUACACGCGGCAGUGCAAGGGGGAGGAGUCAGGUUGGUGGAGCUUCUGAUGGACUACGGGGCUGAUGGGAGUUGUAGGAAUUCAGACGGGAAGACUCCUCUGGAGCUGGCAGCUUGCGACAGGACAGUCAGAACUACAAUACAGAAAAGAGGUCCCUGCACUCUCUCUCAGCUGUGUCGGUUCUGCAUUCGGAGGAGUUUGGGACAGGCUCGUCUAGACAGAACAUCAGCCCUCUACCUCCCUCACAGACUCCAGGCUUUCCUGCUUUACCAGUAACACUGGAACAGCAACCUUUUUACAAAUGUUUGGUAAAUUACUUUUUAUACUAUAUAGCAAUUUUAAUUGACUUUUCAACCUGUUCAAUGUUUUUAGCAGUGAGUUGGUGACUGAACUAAUUCAUGGUUUUGUUUUUCUUGGUUUAAUAGAAACUGGGUUGACUGACUGUUUCGUAGCUUUUCUCAGGCUGCUGUAUUUUUCUAAUAAAAUGAUUAUAUUCAUCAUA